AUGGACGAGGAGCAAUCCCCCUUGAUGCGGAUCCCCGCCGAAAUCCGCAUCAUGAUUUACGAAUACCUCCUCGACGAUGCUGGCGAAAGAAGACUCGCCGUCCGUAAUAAGGCAAUGCAUCAGCUACACACCGGCGCCCUGAGCACCUACCGCCGCACAUCAUACCGCAUCAUCGAGAGCCCCAAGUCAAUAAUGCACCCCGAAAUCAUGGCUGUCAACCGCCGCAUUCACCGCGAGACGAGUCACCUCCUCUACGGCCGCCCCCAUGGCUUCGAUUUCGGCAGCGACGUAGAGGCUGUGGUGCCCUUCCUCAAAGACCUGACGCCGUCGUCUCGCUGUGCUAUCCAGGAGCUUACCAUCCGUAAGGAUGGGCCUGUGAUGCACUGCAAUAGUGAGAGUGACCGGCUGGACUGGGCGACCAUGUGCGCCUACCUCCGCCGGCUGGACAAGAUGAUACCUAGGCUGCGUAUCGUCGUGGAGGGCGGAAGACCGACGGCGGCGUGGGAGGGGCCGCAGGUGCUGAGCGUCUCGGAUCUGAGGUUGUUGGCGCUCAUCAAGCACGAUAGCAUGGAGUGGGUCGCCGAGUUGGCCAAAGUCGAGGGGAUUGAGAAGCUGGAGAUUGUGCCGAGGAUACGACAUCUCCCUGCGCCCGGAACGACGGCGACGCUGCUGUUUGCUGCAUUUUCAGCGUCAAUUGAUACGGGGCUUGUUGAGUAUCUACAGACGGAUUGCGGGCUGCCUGCUACGGCUGUGUCCCUCACAGCUUGA